GCAAGAGCAUAUCAAGUUCGUACUACAUUAUUGUAAUAUAAAUACGUUUGUUUCUCUUAUGGAAACUCACCAAGGACCACCAACCAUUGGCGCGCGUAUCGGCACCUCUUCCGUUGCACUGGCUGAUAGCGCCCGAAAACUUCUGUCGUAUUGCGGGGCGUGUGGUGAUGUGAUGACUUAAUAAGCCCAGAUUUUUCAAUUGGGAACAUGAUGUCGAUAUAAUUUUUUAUGUGCUUAUUUUGCUUAUGAUGUUGAUUAUUAUGAUUAUUUAUUUGCAUUGUCUUCUGUAAAGCAUUAUUUAUGAAUAUUACCACUUCAUUUUCAUAUUCUUCCGCGGGGAAUAUUUUCCCUCUUAGUCAUGUAGGACGCCAGUGUGAUGUGUAAUGAUAUGAGUAAGAUGAACCUCGCCCUGUGAGGGGAGCCCGGCCUGGGCCUUCCAAUGCCGACUCACCAACGUGUGUCAGCUAGUACCGACGCGACGCGUGGUGCUCAGCCACAGCAGUAACCUCAUAAGCGAUAAUUCUAACAUCUCGCGCGAAUCGCCGACCCGUAUUCGGAGAAUGCGGCCAGUGAGUGUGUAAAUAAUAUCGUACCCAGCUAAUAGAUAAUGAUCGUGUGAAUUUUGCCAAGCCCGGCUAGUGCUGUGUAAGUGACUUAGAAAUUCAUGUCUCGAAUAGACUCACUUCAAAGUCCCUUAUCCAAGUGGCUGUGUGCGGCACUACGGCAUAGGAUGACGCGGAAAGGAACACGUGGUGAAGGGGGCGUCCCUCCACAGGCCCCCUUAACCCCAGCUGAUGCCAGUAUUCACGGCUGAGUCGAAUUUAUCACCACACUGUCAAAAAAUUGUAUUACGGAAAUGGUGAAGCUGGCAUUAGGGAAUAUGACAAAAGUUAAAGGACGUCGGAUGAUUCUGCUCAUGGUGCUGCUCGCCGGAAUCGCGUUCACACUACACCAGGGCAUCUUGUCGAGGAGCAGCACCGAACCAUGUGGCCUGGCUUGUUUACGACACGACACUCGGCCCUUCAUCCUGACGACGCCCGGCUGCAGCAUCCCCGACUUCGACCCCCUGCACCCCAGCGUCGCCAAGUUCAGGGUGACACAGCCGAAGGAGUACAACUGCUCUCAGCACAGACCCCUGACGGAGGUUCGAGGCCUGUCCCUCCUCCUCCACCGGGACCGCGCCGAGGAGUACGGGGUGGCCAAGGACGAGCUCUCGUGUGUGUACCAGGGCAUCGUCAGAGUGGAGCAAGACGCCGAAAACUUUACGAUGGACUGCGAUAAAUUAUAUAAGUUAAAGAAAAAAGUCGCCCUGAACGGAGCCAGCACAGCCAUCAACGAAGACGGGGUGAUCGUCACCUGUUACGGCAGAAUUUACAAGGUUUAUCAGACGGUCCAUUACUUCCUUCAGCCGCGGCGGUCGAAGGAGAAGAGGGAACGGUUUCAGAAAGAACAUGGUGGACAACGACGAGCCAUGCUCAGUGUCUUGAUCAUGGGCAUUGACUCCGUGUCUCGCGCCAACAUGCGACGCAACAUGCCCAAGACUUUUUACUUCCUGAAAGAUGAGCUCGGCGCUCUCGACUUCCAAGCCUUCAACAAAGUGGCCGACAACACCAACCCCAACAUGGCCGCUUCACUGAUGGGACUCACUGAGAAGGAGUUGACUGAGACCUGUCAGCCGAAGCGUACAAAAUUUGACGACUGCCCCCUCAUCUGGAAGAAUUUCUCUGAUGCAGGAUAUAUUACAGUGUAUGGAGAAGAUGACCCUUAUUCAGGAUCCUUCCAUUACAAUAGGUAUGGGUUCGUUAAAGAGCCCACCGACUACUACAACCGGCCUUACAUGUUAGUUUCUCACUCGUACACAAAACACAAUGCAGGGCUGUCCGGAAGCUUUGUACUUUGUUUGGGAGGAGAAAAGAGCAUAUCUGUUAUCCAUGAUUAUUCUCUGGCUAUUGCAAAUACAUUCCGAGACACGCCGUAUAUUUCCUAUUACUGGAACACAGGCAUAACACAUGACGAAGUGGAAUGGGCAUCAGCCACUGACCUGCCCUCACUGGAGUAUCUGAGAAAACUAAAUGAGAGUGGCGUGUUGGACCACACCAUACUGUUCUUCAUCAGCGACCAUGGAAUCAGGUUUGGGGACAUCAGACUGACCUACGCCGGCCUGCUAGAGGAGAGACUGCCGUACUUCUUUGUGCUGUUUCCCCCAUGGUUCAAGGAGAAGUACCCUGAAGCCUGGAAGAACCUCAACACCAACACGCAAAGACUCGUGUCCAACUUUGACUUCUUUGCAACUUUGACAGAUAUCUUGACUGGUUCAUAUGGGGGCAGCUCCAGAACGACACGACACGGCCAGAGUUUGUUUCAGGAGAUCCCAAUCAACCGGACUUGCGAGGACGCCACCAUCCCUGACCACUACUGUUCCUGUGAGCACUCGAGCCAAGUGGAACCCGACGAUCCACGGCUUCACGACGCGGCGGAGUACGUGGUGGACCAGCUCAACUUCGGAAUGACGGCCUUUCCAGAGUGUAUGAAGUUGCAUGCUGUGCAGGUGGUCAGAGGACAAAUUGGGACGAGUCACAAAGGCACCUUAAAGAACAUGCUCACAAUCUCUGUUGUUUUCAUGACUAUGCCAGGUGAAGGCAUGCUAGAAGCGACAGUCCGAAAACAAGAGGACAACUUCGAACUCACAGCUGACGUUUCCAGAAUCAACAUGUAUGGCAAUCAGAGUCACUGCAUCACUGACCCUUUCUAUGCAAGAUACUGCUUCUGCCAGGACCUCCUGACCACCCUCUACUCUAACACAUCCUCAGAAGCGCCUAUGAAUAUGACGGGGACUUAAUUUUGGACUUUUUUUGUCCCCCGAAAACUCCUGUGGCGGAGGUCCUCGCCUUCUUCGAGAACAUACUGAAUCAGUCAAUCAGAAGGUGCUACCGUGUCCCGUGCAUUUCUUCCGUUUCUACAAAGGCACUUUGGGACAGAAAUUGUUACCGCACUUGAAUCAAUGGCAGGAAGAACCAAGUAGAUAGAUAGAUGAAGUAGAUUAAUGACGCUGCUGUUUUGUCUGAGAAAUACUGUUACAUAUUCUUGCAUUUUGUGCUCCCAUGACUUCAUGUUUUCUCUGAAUGAUAUAUAUCACACGGAGUAUUAUCUGAAAUGUUUGUGUACAAAAUGUAAUGAUAUAAAUAACUGUCCAUAAGUGCCAAAAGUGGCGUUCCUAGCUAAAAGUGCAGGCCUUACUAGCUAACACAUGUCUCGUGCUGUAUUUACUUUAUUUAAGGCAGCUUUAAGCACAGUAUGAAAGCACAAAUGAACUUAGGUAAUUAUGAAUCUGCUCUUUGAAAUCAGCCUUUCAAACUUACAACUGUUGACUAUCAGCACGAAGCAACAACUCAUACUUUGUUAUUUAAGAUAAUCAUAGAUGUAGAUACUUCAUUCAUAAUUUAGGAUCUGCAAUAGUUGUUCAUUUGCACCCUUUUUAGAUGUACAACAACACUUGCUGUGAUAUACAUCAGUGAUAGUUCGAAAAAAGUAUCUUAUUUCCUUUCACAGGCAUUUUUCAUUGCAGCCAACAAAAGCUUUCAUAAGAAACUCAUUAUGCCUGUCAGUAUUUUGAUAAGUAGUUAUGAUUCCGAACAUCAGUGGGAGGUAGAUUUUCUAUGUCAGGAUAUUUGUUUCGUAUGUUAGUGUACCGCAGAUUGUGCAUACUGUACAUGUACUUGUAGUCAAGGUGAGCCCUGGAGGUUCACUGCUUCAAGGAAGAAGUAGUAAGGAAAACAACAAGGGGAAGAACAAGACAGUACGCAAAUAUGUCGAGGCCUUUUCGCUAUAUUGCUUUCAAAGGGCGUGGCGUGGCGAAAAGGCCUUCGACAAAUUUGGGUGUUUUCUUACUCUUCCCUUCGUUGUCUUAUGUACUUACUAAUUUAAGAAGUAAGCUCGCAUCCUUAUAAAGGGUAGGUGUACUGUGGAAGUGUUAAAAUGGAAUGUAUAUUGUAAAUGGGCAAUCUCAGAAUAUAAAAUGUAAACAUA